UGUGCCUGUUCAUUUCUUGAAACGUAAGCGAUAUGGGAUGAUAGCUUAUGAAUCGCGAACGACUGUUUUUGACUUACUGCAUGCAUGUUUCAUCUAAUGAAUCCAUUGUACUAAAUUGAAUCAUGCCUUUAUUCUUUGUGAAGGUUUUUUGUUGAUCAGUAAAUAUAUAAUGUAUUAUAUUUUUCACCUAGUGUUAACUCGAUAAGUAGCCGUUUCGUAGCGCAAACGCGUGGGGUCGAUUUAAUGUGAACUUGUAAGUGGGUUUCAUCAAAAAGUUAGCAUGUAUACAAGUAUACUUUAACUGAUGGUUUUAAAAGUUACAGAACUUCAUGCGGAUGUGAGACGAAGUCAUUACAAGUGCACUAACUACAAAUAAACGAUAUUGCUGCUUCACAUGCAUGAUUAAAAUGAUAGUGAUAAGUGUAUCUAAUAGAUUCACAGGUUUCUUGAAAAUGUUAUAUAAUGCAUUCAUCACUAAUUAUCUGUAUGACUACUAACGUCAUUUAUGGCGAAACUUAGUAUUUUGUUUACAUGUCAAUUCUAUGAAGAAUACAAUACAUUCCAUGUUUGUUCUGCUUAAUGUGUGGACUCAUAACAGUUUUCUGUAUACAGCACUUCACAUAGUUUGUUACUCGACAUUUAAGUAUUGUGAACACUUUAAACUUGUAGUUAGUUGGAGAAAACAUUCUCAGUUCAAAGUGUAUACUUACACUUUAUUAGCUUUCUCAGUGAAAUUCUGAAAAACGACAUGCCACAAACAAAAUAAAAGAUAGAGGUUUUUGAUGUGCCUAAGAGCUGACAGUUAAAUGACAUCCACCAGCAAAAUGUAGUUAUAAAUCUUACAUUUUGUGAAUAAUGCUGCAAAUUCUGAGAUUGCCUACAGUGGUUCGUUUACAUUGAUCUACUUUAAAUUUUAAUUUGUAACCUGGUGCAUGAACCUAGAUUUAGUUGUCACGUUUCGUCUGAUCUGGUGAUUUGUUACACUUGGAUGUAUACAAAUAUUUCGAGUACAUCAUCAUUUGAAAGUGUACUAGACUACCUUCUAUAAUUGACCAGAGCACAGAUAAAAUUUCCAACUCUGCUAGUGUGGUAUUAGAGAAGUAUUCAAAAAAUGGCAACCUAUGAGCUAACUUUUUUUUCUCGAAACUUAAACAAUACAGACUUUUGUUUUCCGAAUCAAAUUUAAUACUUCCACGUUUCGGUGCGGUUUAAUCAGAAUGAACUCAGUGAGCUAAAAUCUGAAUACAGUGGUUUUGAGUGCUGUUAGAGGUAUGAGGGCGCUUAUCACUUCCCGGUUGCCCGCACCGUGGAAGGGUUCUUUUGAAGGUGCCUGAAAAGGAAAUUGGGUUAUAGGUGGCCUUAGUGACCAGAGAGCGUGACCGCAGUGCCCAAGAGACAACUGCUUGAGGUCGAUCACAUACGACCUUUUUAUGGGUAAUUUUUGUGCUAGCUCCGUAAUUGUUGAGACCUUACCGCCGGAGAAGGAUAUCCGUGGAAUAAGGCGAGGCGUGCAUUUUUUUAGGGCCGACUUUUCUAACCCCACCCCUCCUUGUGGGAAGGUAGCUUCGCCAUCAUGCUGGUUGUCUUAAGGAAACACCUUACUGCUGUCACACCUCUGUACAGUCAGCAGUACGACUUCGCCCUCGGACCUUAGGUUUGUUGCUUUUAGUCUUACCGCUCUUCAACCGACCUGUCUGACAUGGUAGGACCUUGAGGAACGGUUGUUCCAGCCAGUAUAGCUCGGUUGCUUCAUCACGAUAGGCAAGCCCAACCACCACGUCAAGGUAGCAACAACGGUCGGGGAAUCUAAUGAUUAGUUCAUUUCAUUAUAUUUCCCUCUCACAGUAACACAGUUUUCCUUGGUUUCGACUGACUUCAUGUUGUGACAAAACUACUUUCAUCAUUAUCAAAAGUUCAUUUUCGACCAGGCAAAUAUUUAAUUCGUAUAAUUUGUUGCUGAUACUUGCGAGAAUCCUCAAUCUAAAACUUGUCUUAUAACCCUCUGCGUCUUAUUUAUUUUGUUAAUUCUUAAGAGUGAACUAUACUGUAUGUACUUUUUUAGUUUCUAUAUGUUUAGGGUCAACUAUUCUAACAAUGGAAACAAAGGAUAAUGUAAGCCUUGGCAUUUUCGCUAACGUAUUGCUGACAAUUUUAGCCCUCAAAGCCUUUUGUGUUUCCAGUCAUGAAAAAGACAAUCGAAGACCUAUUUACUAAGUCGAAAAUUACGAAAGAUGAUAUCGAAGCUUUCCAAGACAAAUAUUGGGAACAACUUGUUCCUAAUUUCAGUCAAGCACUGAAGCUUCUGGAUAUACACGGAGUCCCUAGACAUAAUAUUUUAUGGGUAUAUAAUCUUUAUUGUUACUUAUCUUUGUUCAGAGCAUAAACGAUCGCCUUAUGGAUGCUAUUAAGGCUAGAGUUGACUCGAAGCCUGAUGAUUGUGACCAGAAAAAAUGCCAAAAACUCUGGCAGAAGCUUAUCAAGACGGGAAUAGUGUAUAUUCAUCAUCCAUAUAUGCGUUCAUUAAUUAUGCAGGUUCUUGGUAAAAUGAAUUCGAUUAAAGAAAGGCAUGUCAACCUAAUUGUUGACAACAAAUAUUUAUAUGAUGAUGCUCCUUUACCGGUCUUACGUCAUAUUUGGGUUGCUCAUCCCCACAAAUUUCAAGAGGAAUUAGAUAAAGUUAUAGCAACAUUUCAAUCUACAUGGUCUUCCGCUAUUUUGGAUGCCCUUUCAAUGUCUAUCACGUCUACUGCAUCGACAACAGCUGAUCUCGUCCCAAUUCUUUAUUGGCCACCUCGUCGUCGUAGACGUGAUCCUUCAAUUGUACGGAUUGUUGAAAUGAUUGGAGAAGGACAAGUCUUGUAUGAUAAAACUAUAAGCAUACUUCGUGAUCAAUGUAUAAAAUGUGAAAAAGCGGCUUAUUCACUUAUGGAACAGCAAAUCAAAUCGACAAUUGGAAAUAAUAAUUCAUCUGAGGAAAUAGAUGAACAGCCACCACCAGCUAAACGAAGUAGACAACGCUUAUCAAGUAAAGAAAAAUCUUCCGAUAUAACACAACGUUUAGCUAAUCAACCUAUUCCAUAUAUCCCAUUAGCUUUUAUGCCUAAUCAACCUUCAGUUGCUUCAGCCACUUUAUGCACACUACGUUUUGAUUUAUUGAUGAGUUUAAACGAAGCGAAAAUUGAUCGACUGUGUGUUCCUGAUAGAAUUCAUCGUUUUGUCUGGUGCUUAGAUGCAUGUGUUCGCAAUCGUCGAAUCGAUCAAAGGCAUGCUAGUGAAUUAGCCUAUCAUUUACAGUUACAACGUCGUCGUUGGGCUAAAGAAACAGCUGAUGAAUGUCAUGAAUUAUAUGGAGAAUCUAAUGAGAAUAUCAGUGGAGAAAUGUCUAAACGUGGACAUUCUAGUUCUUCUCGCGGUAAAAAUUCUAAAAGUGGUAAAACCAAUCAAAAACAAUCUCCUUCAAGUACAGAAAAACAGUGCGAUUUAGAGGAUGUAGAAAAGACAGCUGAUGUAAACUUUUUAGAAAAAGAUAUGCAUAUGGCUUGUCGAGAUCCGUGGGUUGUUUACACCAUUUGUACGUCAUUAAUUCGUUACGUACUUAAUGGACUUUAUGAAGACAAAUUACCUCGGGAUAUACCUGAAGUACACUUACUUGUUCAUUUAUUAGUACUUGGCUUAGGCGACGAUUUAAUCCCGUAUUCUUGUUUACAAUUAAAAACUAAAGAAAGUUCUAUAAGUAAACGUAACAGUACUACCGAUAUUGAUGAUCCUACAUUGAAUUGUCCAUCGAAAGCACUAAUUAGUUAUAUUUUACCAGCUGUUGCACAAUUACAAGUAUUAACAUGGAGAGCACAAGUGGCUGAAGAGAUUUUAACAUUAAGCAAUAAUUUAUGGCCUACUACUAGUUUGGAAAAUACUACUGGCAGUAGUAAUAGUAAUAGUGGUGGCGGGUUAACGCCAUCUAAUAAUAAUAAUACAAAUCAACGACCAACAUCUCAUGAAUCAAGAGAAUCAUCUAACCCAUCAUCGUCAUCAUCAUCACCAUCAUCAUUGCCAACAACAUCACCACCAUUGGUUUGGCAAAAACGUAUUAAAGAUGCUACUCAAUGUGUCAAUAUAACUGUACCAUCAGGUUAUUUAGCACAUCCAAUUGGUUAUUUAAUUUUACAAUAUCAUUGUUUAUUUUGUUUAGAACGUAAUGAAUUAGCUACAUUACGUGCUUUAUUAAAAUUAGCUGUAACACUUGCACAAUCACGUGUAAAUCGUUCUAACCAUAAUAAAUCUACAACACAAUCUCAACCAAUUACACCAACAAAAGUGUUAUGUUCUGAUUCAUUAAGUUAUAAUAAUAAAUUUGGCCUAUCUGUUAUUUUUCGUUGGCGCCCAGAAGUUUUACAAGCUUUAGUUUUAGGGAUUUCACGUUUACCUCAAUCUGCGCCUGCUUUUGUGGAUAUUGAUCGAAAUACACACAUCACUGAAGGUUCUGUUGAAUCUUCUUUAAAUGAUAAUACUGGUCAAUCAGAUUCUGAUAAUAAUUCAUCUAAUAUAUCAUCUCUAGUUCGUACAAAUUCAAUGAUGUCAAAUAUAAUUUCUAACAAUGAAUUAGGAAAUAAUAUUAUUGGUUUUACUAAUGUCCUAAAUUCUACUUGUCAAAAUACUAAUCCAGAAUCUUACUCUACCAUAACAGGAUCAAUUGUUACACGUGCGAAUUUAGCUGGUCUACUCAGAUCUAGUUUACCAUUAAUUAAUGAUGUACAAUUAUUAGCUCUUGCUCAAGUUGCCUUACUUGUACCUGGACCAACGAGUACUAAUUUAGGAACUGGUGGUAUGUCUAGUAGUAGUGGUACCAAUGUAUCCUCCAUUCAUCCUUUAUCUUCUGGAACUACUACUACUGUCACUACAACUACUACGGAUGUUAGUAGUAUCAAUGAAUCUGUCUCAACUGCACCUAGUUUAAGUGAACGUGAAAGACUUGUCAAUACAUUAGCAAGACAUUGUAACAUUACAUCUGUUGGUAGUACUGGUACAUUGUCAACUACUGAUUCGAAUUUAUUAUUUGAAUCCGGUACACAACAAUCUGGUACAGCAGCAGGUACAACUGGAAGCUAUAAAUCAUCAAAUCCACGCGUUUUAGCUGCUUUGGAUGUUCUGCGUAAAGAUAUUGAAAAAUCCCAUAAUUCGCUUGCAUCACCGUUAACACCGACAAAUUUAGUUGGAAUUAAGACUGGACCUGGUGGUUAUAGUUCAUCAGCGUCAUCAUUAAAUGCAUCAGCAAAUCUCUUAACAAACUUUACUGGUUUCCAAAUGCCAGAUGCAUGGAUUGCUCCAUCGCCUCGUAGUCCUUUAUCGACUAAUAAAUAUUCACGUUUUGGUGCAGACUCACUACAGUCAUCGAAUAAUAGCAGUACAUCAUUAACUGGUACCAGCUUAUCAUCGUGUUACUCAUCAUCAUCAACAUCAUCUUAUGGUUUACAUUUGCCUAUUGGAACACCUCUUACUAAUCCAGGUCUAAUGGGAGCUACACCUCACCUAAGUAAUCUACAUAUUGGACAAGGUCAAAUGCCAAGUCUACGUAAACUACCAAAGCUUACUCCCUCACCUGAUCUAUUAUCAUCGUUAUCAUCUUCUUCAAGGGAAUUCCGUACUCCUCUUUCGCCUAAUCCUAUUCAUCAGCAAAGAAAUAAGUUUGCCACUGAUACAUUGUAUGCUUCAUGCCCAUCUCCGGCUGUACAUCGACCAGAUGCCUCUCAUGAUAAUAGUAAUAUUGCUAUUCCUAGAUCUCCUUCACCACCACCUUCGUAAUAUAUUAUAUGAAUAAUUUUUCUCCUCCUACUGUAUUUCGUAUGUGUGUGUAAAGUUUUUGUAAUCUUAUCUGACUUAUUAACUCACCAAUCAACUACUGUUAAUUGGGAAUAAAAACAACUUAUGACAUGUAUUUAUAAACUUUGAACAGUUUCAUUUUAGUUAAAAUUCCCAUCUUGCCAUUUGGUAAAUAAGGAAGGAACGAAUUGAGCGAAGAAAUUUCUUUUCAAUUAGUUUUUCAUCAUGGCUCUACACUAAUAUAUAUACGUUUUACAAUAAUAAUAUAAUACUCAUCGAGUAGAUACGUUACGUAAUAAUUACAUAAUGACAUUUAAAUUAACAUUGAUUAAUUGGAAGAAAGAGGAUUAUUAAUAUUCAAAGUGAUCAAGAAGUUGCUACGUUGCGUAAUGUAGGAAACAAAGAAGGAAUAGAAUUUUACCGGAUGGUCAAUAGGAUAGUAGUUACGUAAGAAUCAAGAGAUGAAUGUUGAGAAGUUAUUAAGUUCAAAAGCAACAG